UUCUUCAUUUUUUAUUUUAUUUUUAUUUUUACGUAUUUAUUUAUAUUUUCCUUUAUUAUUCUCAUUUUUGUUCUUUUCACGAUGAGCACCUUCCAUAACGAUAUAUUCAACCGCCGCUCGAGCAACGUGUUUCUCAACGAGUUCAAGCAAGACAAGCACCCAGGCAUCUUUGCCCCCGCAGCCAUCCCCAAGCCCUUAUUCUGCCAAAAUGACGGACAAGCCAUGCGGCGGUCAUCCUUCAGCGGAACAGACUCCCACAGUAGUAUGCAGAAUCAACGUCAUUUCGCCUACGUCGCCGGCUGCGAAAUCUGCGACGACUAUGUACGCAAAGGAGCAGAGAUGUGCCACCACGAGCACCGCAUAGUAUGUCGGGGUAUGGGCCAGGGAUGCGGGUGCCAUGGAUGUUGCCAUCAGAGAGAGUCUGCUGCAGUGCAGCAGGGGAAUAACGGGUACCGGGCGAGAACUGAGGAGUCUGUUUCGGACUCUGCGUUUGGGAAUGGAAGGGUGCGGGCGAGAUCCGCUACGACCACGGUGGGGGAUGCUGAUUUUGGGUUUGCCAAUAUGGACUCGGAGAUGAUGCGGAUGAAAUCCACGGACAAUCAAUGGCGCCAGCCAUCGCGGAACCAGGCAGAACAGCCGUUUUACGCCAGACCGUUGGAUUGCUCGGCGCAGGUGGCGCCAGUGCCCCAGGGUCAUGUGCAGCUGAGAGAGGGGAAUGUUGCGCAGAUGUUCGAUGCCCACGGACAAAUGCACAAUGGGAUGCAGGCGGCAAUGCGUGCCGAUGCGAGGUCGCACUUUGACGGACAUGCGCGGCCACAGCCGAUGUUUGGUGCCGCGUAUGGGUGCAGCAGGGAGGAGGAGAGCAAAGUCAAGAAAACAACAACAACUACGACUACGACGACUACGACAAAGCUAUGCGACAACCACUGCACGCCAUGUCCACCGCCACCAUGCCCGCCGCAGCCAUGCCCGCCGCCUGUUGUCGUUGUACCUGUGCCUCAUCAGCCGCUGCCGCCACCGACUCAUCACCACCAUCACGUGGGGCCGACCAUCCCAGUGGGCACUAAACCUGAUGGCAUGGUGAAGCGCGCCGAGCCAUGCUGCACCUGGUGCAAAUUCCUUCCUUGCCUCAGCUGUCCCAAACCGACAAACCCGAACGAGCGGUUCAAGAAGAAGAAUUUCCGGCUGUACCCCGAAUACGAGUUCCUUCCGGAUGAUCUCGAGAUGCCGCGGCCCACGGAGUACUUCCCUGAGCACACGCACUUUGCAUCGCGCUCCGAGUAUAAAAUCACUAUUCCCAAGGUGGCCCAAGCGGGGCAACGCGUUUUCGUUGAUUUUAUUGGUGACCAGAUGAUUAUUAUUGGGGAGCGCGGGAAACCGCUUGCCCACAGUGGGGCGCUUGGGCAUUUGCAGUCGUCUGGCAGUUCGACGAGGUCGACGUCAUUUAAUUCAAAGGAAAAGGCUCAUAUGAACCACUUUGUACCUGUUGCUGACCAUUUGCCCGUGGGCGUGUCUAGGGUAUUUGUGAAGAACUUUUUUUUGCCUCGCGAUACUUAUGAUAGGAAUCGCGCUCAGGCCUUUAUCAAGCCCAACGGAAAGCUGAAGAUCGUCGUACCUGUUCUGGAGGCUUAGCCAUUUUUAUUUUUAUUUUAUUAUUUCAGAUACAUGACUUGUAGGUUAGCUGGCCUGCUCUAGCGCUGCUAUUUCACUAAUGUUACUGUCACUUAUCUCUGUUGCUUGGCAUGACACAAGCACGUGAGACACAGAAAUCACUUAUAAAAAAUGAUUACAACAGCAUAACGCUAAAGUG